CAAGACAGGAGAGAAUAUGUUUGCAGCCAGGUAUGAUGUGGUUUAAUUCUUAACGAUCACAGGGAGCACAGCGCCUUACAUUCUGUCCUGUCCUCACUCUCUACACACCCCCACCCUGUCGAUACCCCCAUGCCAUCUUCAUUGACAACACACCUUUACCUGUACAUAUCUACCUCCAACAACUUUAUCUGCUCCAUUUACUCCAAUGUACUCCCUGCUGAAUGACUGACAGUCUCUCUGCACUCCCAGAUAGUCCUCGAGAGUGACAUCAACCAUGAUGGUUUGCUGGACUUCCAGGAGUUCUCUCAGUACCUGCGGGCUCAUGAGAAGAGGCUGCGGCUCAUGUUUCACAGCCUUGACUGCAACAAUGACGGUCAAAUUGAUGUGGGGGAGAUCCAGCACUCACUGCACAAGCUUGGAGUGGAGGUUACCAUGGAGCAGGCCUCCAGAAUACUGCAGAGUAUGGACAGGGAUGGCACUAUGACCAUUGACUGGAAUGAAUGGCGUGAUCACUUCCUGUUCAACCCUUUCCACAACAUGGAGGAGAUUGUCCACUAUUGGAAACACUCCCAUGUGUUUGAUAUUGGGGAACAUCUGACGGUCCCAGAUGAGUUCUCAGAGCAGGAGCGGCAGUCAGGUCUGGUGUGGAGGCAGCUGGUUGCCGGAGCCAUGGCAGGGGCAGUGUCCCGUACAGGAACCGCUCCUCUGGACCGCCUCAAAGUCUUCCUGCAGGUACACGGCCCUACCUCUCGAGGGAUUAAUCUGUGGUCUGGACUGAGGGGGAUGAUCAAUGAGGGAGGCAUCUUCUCACUCUGGAGGGGAAAUGGUAUCAACGUCCUCAAGAUUGCUCCUGAAUCUGCCAUUAAGUUUAUGGCUUAUGAACAGAUAAAGUGGUUGAUCCGAGGCAAUAAAGAGGGGGGCAGUUUAAGGGUACAAGAGAGGUUCAUUGCUGGCUCUUUGGCAGGAGCUACUGCCCAGACCAUCAUCUACCCCAUGGAGGUGUUGAAGACUCGUCUUACAUUAAGGAAAACAGGACAGUACUCAGGUAUGGCUGAUUGUGCCAGACAGAUCCUGAAGGAUGAGGGAGUCCAAGCUUUCUACAGGGGCUACAUGCCAAAUACACUGGGCAUCAUCCCCUAUGCUGGCAUCGACUUGGCAGUGUAUGAGACUCUGAAGAAUGCCUGGCUCCAGAGGUACUGUGAAGAUUCAGCAGAUCCAGGAGUCUUGGUCCUGCUGGGCUGUGGCACUAUCUCCAGCACCUGUGGCCAGCUUGCGUCCUAUCCUCUUGCUCUCAUCCGGACACGCAUGCAGGCACAAGCCAUCACUGAGGGUAAACCCAAGCUGACAAUGAUGGGCCAGUUUAAAUACAUCAUCUCCAAUGAAGGCGUACCAGGCCUGUAUCGCGGCAUCACCCCCAACUUCCUCAAAGUCAUUCCUGCUGUCAGCAUCUCCUACGUGGUGUAUGAGCACAUGAAGAAAAUCCUCGGGGUGGGUUACUAGACUGAGACAAGGAAGAGGGACAAACAACAAAAAGAACAGAGAAGACAAAGACUCAUUAUGCUAAUGAGAACAAGCAGAGGACAGGUGACAUUGCAGCUUCUCAGACAUCUGAUGAAAAUGGAAGGAAGUCUAGGAAGAGGAAAGAGGAGAAAGGAACCAUUUCACAGAUGGGAAUGGUUCUAAUGUAUACUGCACUUCCUGUUGACACAUUCAGUUUCGAGCUUGUGUAACUUACGGGUAAUUUGCCAGUAGAUCAUAUUCAUUUCUGGAAUUUGGAGAAAAGGAUGAGGUUAAUGUUUUUCCUCUCUGACACUAUUAUACCACAUACAUACAGGCAAAGCAUUAACUCCCAGUGUAUUUUUGUUUUAACUAACAUCUGGAAUUGGACAACAGCACACAGUUGAACAAUCAAGACAUUUUUACAGUUCAGACUAUGGUGUAAUAAAAUGUUUGAUUUGACUGAGAAUAUUUCAGGGAGGAUCACAUAACAUUCUGAAAUACUACCUUUUGAUGUCUGGAGAAAAACAGGAUCAUUUCUGAAAUACCAGCAUUCAAAUUCAAAAAAAAAUCUUACAGAAGAGUCAAGUUGAACAUGGCAAUGCGUAAAGACUGAAUCGGUUUGAAUCGAGCCAUGACAUCAAAGGCUUGUCAGAUGCCAAAAAACUGCACAGUAGUUCUUAAUUCUGGUGUGACAAUAAUGAGGUGAACAGUAGUUACCCUGUUCAUGUUACGAAAUAAUAUUCCAGGAAUGUGUGCAUUCACCUGAUUGGGCGACGCAGUGAGUUUUUGGAUGACAUUGCUUUGUGUUGCAGUAAAAUUUUAGGCAAGUCUAAUUGUUAUGCUGGAUGUCCUUGCUUUUUUUUUGCUGGAGUGCUCAGU